AUGUCGUCAAAGCAAGAGGACCAGGUCCAAUCGAAGCAGGGACAGCCUGUAGAAGAAGGCGACCACGUCUACACCAAAAUCCGUGGCGGCAGGCAUGAGGGCGAUGUUGACAAGAUUGUGACUACUGAGGGCGAGGCCAAGCAGGAGGGUGUCAAGAAUCCUCCCAAAGUGCUGUUCACGGACCAGAAGGGCAAGCCUGUUGCACACAACCCAGGAACAUUGGAUAUCGUCGACAAGUGA